GAUGGCUGAGGAAAGCUAUUCAUUCUGUUUACACGGCAUGGGCUCUCUGUGGGAGAAUACAAUCGAAGCCCUAUCUUAUUUCAGAGGUGUGUGCGUUAUGUCAAAAACAUUGUUUCAUAACUUAAGGAGGCCCUGAGUUUAAAUCAAGGACAGGAGAAAAUGGCCUCGGAUGUCGAGCAAAGUUUGUGUGGCACAAAUAACAACAUCCGUUCAGCGCUGCGCAAUGGAACGGCAAGCUACGCGAUCACGGAGGACAAAGUUUUGAUUGAAAGCGAAUUUCUGGAGCUGAACAGCCAGCUUCACUAUUCUAAACCGGUUCAUAUUUUAUUGACGGAUGAGUUUGUUUUUGUCAAAGAGAUGAGAGAUCGCAGGGAAUCGGAUACUCAUGUGCUUCAGUACGAGUCAGCCAAAACAGUUACGAAAUUUCUGCGUUCAGAUGUGAACAUGAAGGUUUGCCAGGGAAGUCCGUUUACUUUCAAAGCUAAGUGGAGUAAGGAAGCUUCGUCGUGGAAAAGGUACGAACUCUGCGGCAAGGAAGAGGUCUGGCCGAAGUGGCUACGGAGCUUCAGCGUGGAAGAACCCCAAGGGUAUCAUGUGAUCCCAUCGAGUAACAUCUGCGAAAUGGAAGGUGACUCCGACUCUGAUGAUUACAGCGAGGAAGACGAUGGGGAAGACAUUCAGAUGCCGGGAUACGCUUUGACUCUCUCAGUCGAUCGUACAAUUUCCAUGUGGUCUAUGUCGAUGUUCAACCCGAGCAGAGUACGUAGACAAGCUACUUGCCAAAAACACGUCUGCCGUUUUCCUAAGCCUGUGGGCGUUUUGGAAAAAAUCCAUGUGGACGAUCUUUCCGAUAGUUUCACUGCAGAAUCGUUGUAUAGGUCGAACUCGCAUCCUAGAUUAUCUCUUGCGAAAUCUUUUCGAUGUCCAUCGUUGCCAGACGUGAAGGACUUGAAGAAUGUUUGUGUGGAUUCAGAUUUGAAAAAUCCCGCCUGGAGGACACGGGGUCAAAGUAGCGUAGCCUGUCCAAGCCAAGUGUUGAACUCUUCCACGUUACUACAACGUGAGGGGCACAAUAAAUAUGAAACCCUCACCACGUUACAGCAGAAAGUAGAAAAUCUGCGGUCUCAUCCUACUAAUCUUAAUUUUGUGAGGAGGAGUAAAUAUGGGGAUGUACCAUCUUGGGAUACCCUGACCACGCCCAAGCACCGUCGCAAACACUCCCUUAAUGUUGCCAUGAAUAGUGAGGCUAACAGGAUCCCCAUGCCAUCAGACUCUGGAACAAGAACAGGUUGCCGGAGCCCAACUUUUGGCAAGCAGGAGUCAAUUGAGGAAGACAUAUUAGCAAAUAAUACUCAUGAAACCAAAACACCAGAUGCUUCAGUCAGCCCAAAAAAGACAGAUUCAUCUCGCGGUGUUAACCAAAUUGAAAGGAGAUCAGAGUCUUUGCCUUCUUCCAAGAGAACCGAUUUGUCGCACAUUCCUCAUCCAGCUUCAGAGAGGAGAAGGAAGGUUGGGGUAGCAAGGCAGUUAGACUUCAAAGAUGAUAUGGCUGUGGAUUUGAUUGACGGCAGUCAACCGCCUCGUAAAGAAAAAAUUAGAAGGUUUUGGACUAUCUUAUCUAAGAAGAGACCAAAGUUAAAAGCACAACUGACAGGAGAUGAUGAUUCAUCAAAAGACUUUGAUAGUAUCAAACAUGAUGACGAAAAUUCUUCAAGCAUUACAGAUUGUGAAUUAGCACCAAAUGGCAUAGCUGGACUUGCUCGCCGUGGUGGAUUAGGCAGCAUUUUUUCAACUUCACCAAAAGACAAAGGAACUGGAGCAAUAUCAACCAAUGAUGAGCAAAGAACAGUAACAUCACCAGCUCAAAGCAAGAAAGAUCCAGCCAUGGAAACGACUCCAAUCGGAAAACCCAGUUUCUCUUAUAGUGGAAGCAUGAAAAAGAAGAAGCUGGUCAAGAAAAUUUUGUCUCCAAUAUUCAAGGCCACUUCUCAAGAAGAAGAAAUAAGUAACCAGGCUACCAGUCCAACAGGCGAGAUUCCUCAGAGCCCCGACUCAGUGGACAGUUCUUCCCCAGAUCUCUCUCAGCGCCUCGUCGAUAUAGACGCUUCGCUGUUUGCGCGAGAAAUCACACUCAUUGACAAAGAACUAUUUGUCAGAAUUCCUUGGCCUGAGCUGGCCAACUGUGGGUGGAUGACUAAAGAUAAGUACGUGACUUCCCCACAUGUGAUGGCAAUGGUGGAGUUUUUCAACCGCAUCGCCCUUUUAGCUGCGUCUGAAGUUCUCUCUCAGGAAACAACUCCAGGACGGGCCAGAGCAAUCUCUAAAGUCAUCCAGAUCGCCGAAAAGUGCCAACUUUUGGGAAACUUCAAUUCUCUCAAGGCUCUUUUGGCUGGUCUCCAGUCCACACCCGUCUACAGACUGAAAGAAACCUGGAAAGAAGUGCCUUCAAAGAAGAAAAAGAAAUUUCGAGACCUAUCUAUUCUCAUGGGAGAAAGUGAGAAUUUCAGGCUGUAUCGUGCAGAACUCUCCGCUUGUUUGGAAAACGGCCCUUGUAUACCAUUCCUUGGAAACUUUUUAACGGAAAUUGCUCAGACUCACACAUACUUGGCUUAUAAAGGAAAAAACGGUGUGAAAGGAGGUAAACAAUCUCCGCUGUCGGCACGAAACUGUAAACUCGAUAGGACGGAUGGAGCCAUAAUCAACGGUGAAACUCCAAAACGCAAUAGCAUAACCAGUCUCAGUGUAAACAACGUGAAUGUGUCAUCUGACGAACAGAGCUCACCGCGUGACAAAGAAAGUGUCACGGUGGAUUCAAAUGAUAAGCGGACCGCUAAAGUGAAGCGGACGCCGUCACGCAGCAAACUAUGGCGGUUUCACAACCGACAGAGUAUAAAUGAUAGUGGUGUCAUGUUGAAUCGUAGCAGGAACAAUAGUGCUGAGGUUUUAGACAUUCCUGAUGGCGAUACUCAUAAAGUUAUGACUUCGAGUACAGAUUCGGUGAUCAACAGCACGUGCUCGCUGAAUGAUAGUCCUCGGAGUGCGAGGAAUGGUAACGCGCGCACUUCCAGUAAACCUUCUCUGUUGAGGAGACUUUCUGAAACUUCUUCGAAUCAUAAUGGGGUGUCGUUUUCGAAGAAGCCUAAUAGGCGUUUGUCGGAGACCAAAUCGAACGAGAGUCGGCGAGCGUUUCUAAAGGGACUGGUUCGAAGAACGCCGAGUAGUCAGUCAGUGAAGGAAGGAAGGGUUUCACGGGGACCUUCCAAUGAAAAACUCACCGUCAGUCUGAGCACUUUAUCAGUCGCGGAGAACUCAAACAGUGUAAAAUUCAAAGAACUGGCUAAAUCUCAAAGUAGUCCGUCAGUAGAGGAAGGUGGCAGGCUCUCCCCAGAACUCAGCCUAAGCCCCCUCGACAGAUCCCCUCAGAUCGAAGUCGUCUCCUCCAGUUACAGCUCAGUGACGAAUUAUUCGCCACCGACCAGCAGUCACGAGUUACAAUCAGGUACAGAGAAACAAUUAUGGGCUUACCAGAUCGCUGCAAUUCAGUACGACUUCGUUAGCCGUCCGUUUGUCGGACACUUUCUCCUAAACGCUUCUUUUAACUCCGAGGAAGACAACUACAGACUCUCGCUUAAGCGGGAAACCCCGGCUAAGAAAACGGGUAGCUGAUUCAUAGGAACUUAUGGAAGGGGGCCUUCACUUGGGCUGCCACCAUGGAAACUAGGGCUUGUAAUCGCCACGUUUCAUUUUCAAGUUCUUGACGUCUCGUUCCCACGCUCUCGCUCGUUUUGAAUACCGAGUUAAUCUGGGUACAAAAACUUAAGAACUAAUCUUGGAGACACGUUGACAACUCAUUUCCUUCCAAGAAACGUUUUCAAAUUAACUUUGUUGACUGCUUCAAACAAGUGUCACUUCUAUGACUAUUUCAAAGUAGUAUCCUUCUCUCUCAAAAUUAUAACACAAUUACUUUCACCUUUCGUCAAACCAACAUAUUUUAAGUUUAUUAUUAUUGUAAUUGGAAGGUAAAUGAUGUUAUUUUUCCAAUGAAACUAACUCAAUUUACUCAUUGGUUUUCAGUUAAGUUCAUAGAGAUCUUGCCUUCAAUUUCCUUUUAAAUAUUUUAAAUUUCUCAUCACUUCGUUUUAUGAUUAGAAAUUGUAAAUAUAUUAUUGAAAAGAUUAUCAAGAUAUAGUUGAACAA